GUUACGUCUUUGUGGACGGAACUUCCUAUGCUGCUGCCAUUGCCGGUGGCGCUGCUGUUGCUAUUUGGGGUGAAUUGCUGCAGCGGGGGAAGAUCGUGGCUUCUUUGAGGGGAGACGAGGAGACUCUUGGAGACAUGUCUCUUUCCAUGCUGCACUCCCCCCAGUCCUUCAGGGGCCCCUCGGCCUACAGCUACAACUUGAGGGACACCCCCCGCAAGGACACAGCAGCAGCAGCAGCAGCAGCAGCAGCAGCAGCAGCAGCAGCAGCAGCAGCGGCCCCCAGGCGCAGACUCAGACACAGCGCCAAGCGCCGAAAGCAGCAGCAGCAGCAGCAGCAGCAGCAGCAGCAGCAGCAGCAGCAGGAGGGAGAACCCUUGGGGGGAAAGGCAGAAGCUCGAGAGCUGCCGGGGUUUGGCUUUGCUGCGCUGCAGCUGCCGCUGCAGCAGCUGCAGCUGCCGCUGCAGCUGCAGCAGCAGCUGCGAGCAGCAGAAGCUCCUGCUGUUAAGGUCAAGAAGACUUUGCUCUACUCCACCACCCAGUCCUUCCGGCUCGCAGGGCAGGCUGCCCCCCUUCUAGCUGCUGCUGCUGCUGCUGCUGCUGCUGCUGCUGCUGCUGCUGCUGCUGCAGCAGCCGUCAAGGCAGCCCAGGAACUGGCAGCAGCAGCAACGAAGACCGUCUCCGCAGCAGCAGCAGCAGCAGCCGCCGCAGCAGCAGCAGCAGCACGUUCUGGCCAUGCCUGUGUCGCUGACCAGCGAAUGCCAUCGUUGCAGCAGCAGCAGCAACAGCAGCAGCAGCAACAGCAGCAGCAGCAACAGCAGCAGCAGCUCCCGCUGCACUGUUUCUAUUGCGUUGCUGCUGUCAGCAGCAGCAACAGCAGCAGCAGCAGCAACAGCAGCAGACCUAGCGGUUGCGGAUGCGCUGAAUCGGAGUUGGCAGCGGCUGCAUUUGCCUUAGCUGCAGCAGCGGAGGCAGCUGCUGCUGCUGCACAGGCCCAGCAGCAGCAGCAGCAGCAGCAGCAGCAGCAGCAGCAGCAGCAGCAGCAGCGGGUCUGCGGACUACUGCUGCUGCCUCUCCUCCCCGCAGCAGCAAACAAACAAAACCCCCGACGCAGCAGACCGUCACGUUGA